UGACCAACGUUAGGCACCCAGCAGGACAUCGUGCUCCUCACACAGCCUCAAUAGCAGCAUGGUUGUCAUGCUGUGGGGCAGUUACACGCAGAUGUGCACUAGGAGCUGUUCUAAAAUGGGUGUUUGUACGUGUGCGUUGCGCGUGGUUCUGACGACUCCCUUCUCUUUCCACCAGUACUCUCGUUGGCACCACUCAAUAGCAGUAGUACCCUAUGAACCCUAUGCAGACCAUUAAGUGCGUCGUAGUUGGCGAUGGUGCCGUCGGCAAAACAUGUUUAUUGAUAUCAUACACCACCAACAAGUUCCCUAGCGAGUAUGUUCCAACGGUCUUUGAUAACUACGCCGUAACUGUGAUGAUUGGUGAAGAACCCUAUACGAUUGGGUUGUUCGAUACUGCCGGUCAAGAGGACUAUGACCGUCUGCGCCCGCUAUCAUACCCGCAAACGGACGUAUUUCUGGUGUGCUUCAGUGUGACGUCUCCGGCAUCCUUCGAGAACGUAAAGGAGAAAUGGUUCCCGGAGGUACACCAUCACUGUCCUGGCGUGCCGUGUCUCAUCGUAGGCACCCAAAUCGAUCUGCGAGACGAUCAAGCGGUCAUUGAGAAGCUCGCAAGGCAGAAACAAAGGCCAGUUUCGACCGAAGCAGGCGAGCGUCUUGCUAGAGAGCUUGGCGCAGUCAAGUACGUGGAGUGCUCGGCCUUGACACAGAAGGGUUUGAAGAACGUGUUUGAUGAGGCUAUCGUCGCCGCCCUCGAGCCCCCGGUGGUCAAGAAAAGAAAUAAAUGCGUCAUCGUUUAAUGUAUGACCCCCUUUUUUCUUUCGCGAUGCCGCUCGAUUUCUUUUCAUCUCACGACGACUUCUCCUACGUUCCAAUCUUCCCCCUUUUGUCUCAUAUAUCCCUGUCAUCUUUCCCUUAUGUCUCCUCUUGUUUCACUCAGGUCGUAAUUUUACCCUCAUCCAGUAUUUUUUCAUGACAAGAC